GCCGCCGCCGCCCCGAUGCCGGCGGGCACCGAGCAGCCGGGGGGCGCCGCCGCCGAGCCGCCGCCGCCCGCCCCGGCGCCACCGCCCGCCGCUGACAGGCCGCCCGCCUCGGGCCGCCGACGACCGCCGCCCGCCGAGCAGGGGGAGGAGUCCGGCGGCAGCCGGGUGCUGAGGGGCGGCCGGGAGCGCGGACGCGCCGCCGCCGCCGCCUCGGCCGCGGGGGGAGCCGCCGCCGCCGCCGCGUCCCGCCGCCGUAAGGCCGAGUACCCCCGGCGCCGGCGGAGCAGCCCCGGGGCGCGGCCCGCCGCCGAGCAGCCCGCCGCCGAGACGCCGCCCGCGGCCAGGAAGGGCCCCCGGGCCGGGUGUGCAGAUAAAGCAGCUGGUAAAGGGGUCGCAACGGCUGUUUCAGAUCCCAAAGAAGAGAAGGAAGAGGAGGAGGUUUCCAGCGUCCUCAGCCAUGGCUCUGCCGUGGGCACGGCCCGGCCCAGCCGGAGCUGGCGCAGCAGCAGGUCGGCCACGGCGGCCCGGCAGCGGGACACGGAGAACUCCCGCGCCUCCAGAUCCAAGACCGGCUCCCUGCAGCUCGUCUGCAAGUCAGAGCCCAACACGGACCAGCUGGAGUACGAGGUCACAGAAGAGCAUCAGUCUCCAGCUGGAGUCAGCAGUGAUGAUGAUGAGGAGAUGCUCAUCAGUGAGGAAGAAGUUCCCUUCAAAGAUGAUCCCAGAGAUGAAACCUACAAGCCCCACCUAGAGAAGGAAGCACCAAAGCAAAGGAGAAAAGCUAACAAGGGGAAGGAGGAAAAAGAAAGGCAGAAAGAGAUUAAAGUGGAAGUGAAAGAAGAGAAUGAGUUUCAGGAAGAUGAAGAACCUCCAAGGAAGAGGGGAAGGAGGAGAAAAGAUGACAAGAGCCCAAGACUGCCCAAGAGAAGGAAGAAGCCCCCGAUCCAGUACGUGCGCUGUGAGAUGGAAGGAUGUGGCACGGUCCUGGCUCACCCCCGGUACCUGCAGCAUCACAUAAAGUACCAGCACCUGCUGAAGAAGAAAUAUGUGUGUCCUCACCCCUCCUGUGGUCGGCUCUUCCGGCUCCAGAAGCAGCUCCUGCGACAUGCCAAACAUCACACAGAUCAAAGGGAUUACAUCUGCGAGUACUGCGCCCGGGCGUUCAAGAGCUCCCACAACCUGGCGGUGCACAGGAUGAUCCACACGGGAGAGAAGCCCUUGCAGUGUGAGAUCUGCGGGUUCACCUGCCGGCAGAAGGCGUCCCUCAACUGGCACAUGAAGAAGCACGACGCCGACUCCUUCUACCAGUUCUCCUGCAACAUUUGCGGCAAGAAGUUCGAGAAGAAGGACAGCGUCGUGGCCCACAAAGCCAAGAGCCACCCCGAAGUGCUCAUAGCCGAAGCGCUGGCUGCCAACGCGGGUGCCCUGAUCACCAGCACCGACAUCCUGGGCACCAACCCCGAGGCCAUCGCGCCGCCCACCGACGGCCAGGGCCUCCCGCUGCUCCCGGACCCCCUGGGCAGUGCCCCCCCAGCAGAUUGCCUGCUGCUGAGCCCCGAGGGGAUGCCAAAGCCCUACUGUGGCGGGGCGGAGCGCGUGAGCCUGGUGGCCGACGGCAAACUCUUCGUGGGCAGCGGCAGCAGCGCGAACCCGGAGGGGCUGGUCAUGAACACCGAGAUCCUGGGAGCCAGCACGGAGGUGCUCAUCGAAGAUUCAGACUCCACUGGUGGACCCUAGUGGCAGGGGGAGCACCUGGGUGCUGGGACAGUUGGGACUCUGUAUUUAAAAGGAAAAAAAAAAAAAAGAAAAAAAAAAGAGGAGGCACUUACUGAAAGAGAGGAAAGUUAAACAAAACUUACAAUACUAGUAAAUAACUGAAGGGUCUGCUCCCCUCCAGCGCGGAUCACAGCACAUCCUCUUUCUCCCAACCACUUCUCUCUCUCCCACGGCCCCUUUGUGGAAAGGGGCACGUGCUGCCAUUACCAGAGCAAGUUGGACUGAGCGACGGAUUUCUCCAAGGGAGGGGGCACUGCCGAAACCCUUCGCUCUACCCCAAAGCAGAUAGAUGCCUUUCUGGCUCCUUGACGUGGCCCCACUGGCAAACUAAAAAAAAAAAAAAAAAAAAAAAAGCGUUGGACGUGCUCUGGAGAAGUUUCUUAGGACUCCCUCUGCCCCUGGUCCCGACUUCUAUGCACCGCUGCACUCUGGUCCUUGCAGUGUCCUCCUUCCUCCCGGGGCUGGGAGUUUGGCACUUUAGCCCCUCGGCAGGGUGAGCUGUGAAGCAGAGCACGUCCCGCUCCCACCCGCCGCGCUCCCCUGCUCCAGCCCUGGCAGGAAGUGGAGGGAACGCCCUGGCUCGUAGAUCAUGUUUGCUCGGAGAGGCCCGGGGGCUACAGGAGCCCUGCGUGGGAGAGGCAAGGAGGAGCAUCCCAGUUUGACGACAGUAAUUUGCACUUUGAACAUGCUUCGUUUUUGUGUUGUGGUAACAAGAUUCCUUAUUUAUUGAUUAAAAAAGGGUCGGUAUUUUUUAGUUCUGUUCUUAGGGGGCGGGCGUGGAAGGGGUUCAGGCUGUUUCCCAGUAGGCUCCGGUGCAGGGAGCACGGUGUGCCAUUGUAACAGCGGCUGGGAGAGCAGCUGGGCAGCGCUCUGGAGUCAGAUGUGUCUCGCAGCUUUUCCAGAGUAGAGGAGGGAGAGCCCCUGGAGAAGAGCCCUGUGUGCAGUGGGAGUCUCUGCAGCAGCGUGUUAGCAGGAGGAUGAGGUGAGUGAUGGAACAGCUGGCUGUCGUCUCCCUCCCUCCCGGCUCCGGGUGAGCUCCUUGCAUUAAAUGCUCUGCAGCCUUUCGGGGAAGGAUGUUGUUGGCCAGGGACUUGUUCUCGUGGCCUGGGACAGUUGUGAGCUGCUUGCUGCUGGGGGGAUGUGGUGCUCCUCAUCCGACUCUGCCUCUCCUUUCCAGGUCUAGACAAAGGCACAGGAGCAGGGACUGGAUAUGGUUUUCUCAGGCUUGUUUAUCCAAGGCAAUAGAUUGACGUGGGACUAAGGGGCUGUCAGCUUCUCUCCCUGCCCCCGUUGUGGGGGAGGGUGUUGUGUAGCCGUGUUCUCAAAGGUUCUCUCUUCUGCACAGACACCCCUGCUGUCCCUGAAAUGUGGCAGGCCAGGUGUUGCCUGCUGGUGUAGUUAGGGCAGCUCUGAGCCCUUGGAAAAGUUUACAUAGGAUAAGAGGUGUCUGCUAUGGAGACUUGGAUUUUUUUUUUUUUGCUCUUCUCUGAGACUUUGUGUGGAGAUUCAGUGGCCUUGAAUUCGUAGUGGUUUUGGAAGAGGUGAAGAAUAACCUGGCUUUUUGUUUGUUUGCUUGGUUUUUUUUUUUUGGUUGGGUUUCUGUGGUUGGGAGCAGAGCUGAAGUGUCUCGUCCGAGCACAAGAUCAGCUGAGUUAGUCUGUAGCACACAGCAGCUUGGCAAAACCGGGUACCUGGGGUCUAGGAAACCGCAAUAAAACGUGGAAUUUAAUCAGAAACUUAACAGGAAACUGACUCUGAACACCCACUCUGUCCCCUGUGCUGCCUGGAAAUCCAGCUGUGGCCCAAACACGGUGGCUUUUGUUGGGCCGUUUGUCCCGGUUUGCCCCCUCCCUUCCCUCCUUACACGGAUACCUUUGUCAGAGCAAGUCGAAACACUUCUGGCGUCGGGGCGGAUCGUGGCGGAGCAGCCGGGUGCCCUGUGCCCUGGGCGUGGGCAUCCCACGUGCUCACCCUGGCAGCAGCCUGGCUCCCGGGCCUGCCACGGGGUGAGGGCCCAGCACACCUGGUGGUGGGUCCUCUGGGACAGUGCAGUGGUGUUUGAACUAAACCAGUUCCUUCGGUUGGGAUGAUCCAGUUUCUUGCCUGGAUCACGUUACUGUGAUUUCCAGCUGGAGCUGCUUCUCUGCCAGCCCCUGUGCCCGUGGGAGGUGCGGGGCGGGCAGAGCCUUGCACAGAACACUAAGGUUGGAGAGCCCGGGGAUUACUGGUCGAGGGAUGGCACUAAAAUGCCUUUGGGUCAAAGGCUUGCUUGCCUCUGACUCAGUGCUUGGCACCUGGCUGGGAGCUGAGGGAGGUGGCCUGGUCCUGCAGCCGCCCCGAGCGGAGCAGACUUUGCCACCGGACACGUUUCUGGGAUGCAAAAUCAAACAUCUCCUUUGCUUCCUGGCCGGGACACCUGAUCCUGCCGCUCCCCGCCUCGUCCUUCCAUGACACCUCUCGUAGCUCUCCCUUUUCUUUUUCUGGCCCUGGCCAGGUGUCUGUCUGUCCUCUAACCACAGCCUGCUCGCCCCUGACGCAGGAGAGAUGUGUAGCUCCCUUCCCACGCCCCUUUGAAGCCCUAAAACUGACACAGCCCUCCUGCAGCUCCUCCUCCCCUCGAUGUCUCUCCUUCACUCGCAUGCAGUUUGCUUCAAUAAAUUAUUGUAGUAGUUUGCAAUAAACUUUUUUGUAUUUUUUUUUU